AUGUACACCAACCGAGGAAACCGAUUUUCAAAUCAACCUUCCGGAACACCUUGGAGACCAGUAACAAUUCGACCACCAGUACCAACCAACCCAAAUUUUGUAAAUGCCUUUCCAAACUAUGAAAGCGACAGUGAUAGUGAUAGGCCAAGACCUUAUAACGUGAUAUUUGAUAGUUCGUCAACAUCACCAGCACCAAGUUCUUCAAGUCCCUCACCACAAGAAACACCAGAAAUACAAAUACUUGGGAUAAAUGAUUCACCAAUUGCUAAUAUAGAAGAAAUAGAUGACUCUACAGGGAUUUAUCUAGAGUCAAUUAAUGCAGAAACCUCAGGGAUUGAACAAGAUAAUCAGGUAACAGCUAAUACAUUAGAAGAUCACGACGAUUACCGAGAUGAUGAAAAUGAAAAUGUUCAUCCAAACCAAGACCAAGUUGAAAAUGAUCCUUUAAAGCAAAAUAUUGCUUUAUUACGUCAAGCUGUUCUACAAUUAGAAGAUGAUGAAUGGCAAUUCAUACAACCCCAUAAUGACUUUACGAAAUUCUAA